AUGCUGGACACCAAAGAAAUAACUAAAUUGACUCAAGAGGAAAUGGAUGUGGUGAUAUACGAUUCCAGAGUGGGGGACCUAGAAACAUUACAAGAAAUCUUUGACCUGGAAAAAUUGAUUACCCCGAAAACAUUAACCGUAAUCAAAGACGAUAUCACUUUAAGUACACCAUUACAUAUGGCUGCAGCUAACGGACAUUUACCAGUGGUCAAAUAUUUAAUACUGCUAUUAGAUAAAGAUGAUGUCAAACAGCUCCUCGAGGCAAAGAAUGAGAACGGAAACACCGCAUUACAUUGGGCAUCUUAUAAUGGGCAUUUGGAAGUGGUUAAAUACUUGGUAGAGGAAGUAAAUGCAGACCCAUUUAUUAAAAACAAAUCUGGACACGAUUGUAUUUAUGAAGCCGAGCUGAGUGGGCAAACUGAAGUUGAGAAUUGGUACUUGAAGAAAUUUACUCCUGAAGAUGCUUUUGAUGUGCAAGAAAACGAAGCAGAAGGAACAACGAAAAUUACUUAUCAACCAGGAAAGGAAAGUAAAUUGGCAGAUGAUCAGGCCAGGGAUGCUGUGUUUAAGUCCAGAUUGGACAGCAAAGACAGUGAAGGUGAUACUUUAGAACAAAAAACACAAGCCUUGAACAUAGAUGAGAAAUAG